GCAAAACAUGCUCGGUAUCAGGAAAUUAAAAAUCCCGUGAUGUCAGGGGGAGUGCUAGCAUAGCAUCGGAAUGACUAAAGUGGCUUUCUCGGUUUGGGCUUAAGAGUUUUUCAGCGGUUACUGUCAGUUUAGCUCCGCUGUCGUGUACCGUCAUGGGGUUAUCCGGGUCGAAGGCUGUUCCCGUCCGUUAACAACGGAAUGAAGCCUCUCAUGGGACUUAACGGGAUGCAGUUGAGUUAGCAUCUCCGGAGCCCGAGGUGAGAUUUAUGUGCCACACAAGCUAGUAGGCUAGUUUACAAGUUACGCUGUGGGCAGGUUAACUAUUAGCAACAUUCCGCUGGACACCAGGAGUUAUGGCGAGGUUGGUGUUGGAGCAACUGUCAGAUUUCGGGGACUAUACUAGCGCUAAAGAGCUGACUGAGAUCUUUAAACUGACCCACAACGAGCAGUCAAAUGUACGCCUGAGUCCAGAUGGACGCCACAUCCAUGUUAUCCUCCGCAAGCCUAAGGUCGGUCUUGUGACUUUUGACAAGUAUGAAAGACUCCAGCUGGUCCAGAACAAGAAGAAGCUGGAUUUGAGGUUGACACGAACAGUGCCUAUUGUGGAUAUUUUGUAUCUGGACUACAGUAAUAGUAACAGCAGCAGAGCCGCAGCAGCUGUGGCGGUGGUUUAUGAGGAUGGAAAAGCAGAGUUCUGGAAGUUCCAGGAGUGCAAAGCUGGCUGGCAUCUCCUGCAAACGUCAGAUUUGUGCAACAGCCCCCGGGCGAGAGUGGUGUCAGCCUGUGCCUGUUCCAAUCUCAUCGUGUGGUGUGAGGAGAGGCCACCCUCAGGAAGCUCCCCUGCCCUCAGCUCCACAAGGAAUAAGCUGAGAUACUGUGUCUGCAGACGUGACUUCGAGGUAGAGGAGGGGGCUGUCAUCCUAGGAGGGGUGAAAAUCGCCCUCCACAACAAUCCCAAAUUCACUGUGGUCAGCUCAGGUGAAUGUGUGCAUCUUCUUCCGGACUUGGAAGUGAAGCCGCUGUUGAGCAUCUCCAAAUUUUUCCUCUCCUGGUCCCCUUGCCGUGACUCCUACACAGUCAACACCACAUGUAAAAACACUCCCCUGAAAGCAGUUUCGGCUAAAGAGUCUGACUUCAAGACGCUGCUGACAGACUGUUUAGGAUAUUUAUCAACUCUUGAGCCACCUGAGAUCUACAAUUUCUCUCCGACAGGCUGUGGAGGCCUGCUGCUGCUGCUCAGCACAGGCUGGGUGUGUCUUCUGCAGAAAGAUGGGAUGCUGCGGCAGGUGUACAAACUGGCAGACAACUGCAUGGUAACAAGUGGCACUCACACUAGCCUCUGCAUGUACCAGGACACCCUGGCGCUGCUGAUAGGCCAAAACCUGCAUCUGAUAGACGUGAACUGUGGCAAAGAGCUAGAAAAAAUCAUGCUGAAGAGUGAGGGGUUAUUGUAUGUUAACCGGGCUGAAAAAUGUACGCCUCACCUCAUCUCAGAAGCUGGGCUUUUUGUGGUAGUGAACAAGGAGAAAGAGAGCAACUCUAAGAUAAAGCCUUCUGGUGUCAUUACAGUGGAGAGUAUUCAUCCUGGGGCCCUCCUGGUAGAGGCUGUCUUUGAGGAGGCCUGUAAAUACUACCAGCAGAGGAGCCUCAGCAGCACCCAGCUCACUGUGGAUGCACUGAAGAAAGGAGGUAGGUUCCAGGCUCCCACCUCUUUAGCCUCCAUCCUCAGGAACUACCUCGGUGCAGGGUCAAGGCAGAAAGGAGCACAGCUGUCCCAGAAUGGAGGAGAUGGAUGUACAGCAGCGCAAGAUAAGCUAAUGGGCUCUCUGGAGGCUGAGCUCAAGGCUCUGGUCUCUCUGGAAGAGGUGAAGGGCAGUUUAGUGAGGGGAAGUGUUAAAGAGGUGGAGGCAGUGUGUGAGAAUCUAGUUGAGAAAGAAGUAGCCAGGCUGCUGUCGUCCUCAGAGCUGGAUAAAGAGGCUCUGCUUUACCUCAACUCCAUCUUCAACAUCUUCCCCUCCCAGGUCUGGAGGGCAGCGCAGGCUGCCCUUCAGCUACACUACAACGGGGAGGGCUCUCUCUCCAGCAGGGCUCCCCCAGACGUGUGGAAAACUGUUCUCAGUCCUGGUCUGACACCCAGCGCCCCAGCCUCCCUGCCAUACACAAACGGCAGACCAAAACACAAUCAUAGCCUCAAAGGUGAUCACAUUGCUAACUGUAAAGCCAAGCCUGCAAGCUCCACUCCUCCAGCUACCCUGCCUGUGUUUGAGCUCCUCUGCAAAUCAGUUUUCUACUUCCAGCCCAGCUGGUUGCCACGGUUCCUCGAGCUCGCCCAGCAGCAGCAGGGCUGCUCAGCCAGCCUGGGGCUGAGCCUGGCCUCUUCCUCGUGGAGCUUCUCUGGUGGGCAAGGAGGCGAGUGCGGGGAGAACAACGUGCCGCUCUAUAAACGAGCCCUGUGUGUCUUGUCUAGCCUGAGCCUAGACAGAGACCAGCACCAGGACUUAGAGGUGGAGCUGCUGCUGGUUUGUGGGCGGCCCAACGCCAUCCUCCAGGCUCUGAGAAUCCUCAUGGCCAAGCAGCAGUGGGAGCGAGUCACCCAGGUGGCUCAGAAGUUCUGCAAGCAGAGUCCGCUGCUCAACAAGGAGAUUUUCACUACUCUGCUGUGCGAGGUGGCCCAGCACAGAGACCUGGACCCCUACCUGGACCUGCUGUGGGUGCUGUGCCCAGAGGACCUCACUGUCACCACUAUUCUCAACUUGUUGCUGAAAAACCUCCCUUCCCCUAACAGCCCCCCCUCCUCCCCCUCUUCCUCCACAUCCUCUUCCUCCUCCUUCUCCAUCAUGUCCAAUACAACCCCCUCAUCCUCUGCUCCCUUUGUGGACUCGCAGAGCAGCCAGUUGACUAUCGGACUGUUGAAACCUCUGCUGAGAAAAGUCUUUCAGAGGGAGACAAAGCCUAGCCAGCGCUACGCUGACAUCCUCCAGUCGCCAUCAUACCCCCCUCCUGCACCUCCUCGCCAGCCCACAGAGCAGCCCAGGGCUGUCACAGAUUCCAGCACAGACUCCACUCUGGGAAGCAACAUCAACCCGGCUCUUCUUGCAGAAGCACCAGAGCGGCAGUCGUCCACACACACAACUGUCCAAAGAGCCAGGGUGGCCCUACCCGCCAACCCAGUCUGAUUUCCAUAAAAAUGGACUCAAAAUGGAGAACCAAACCUGUUUCAUAAAACAUUCCCCACAUAAUCUGACUAAACUGUGAUGCUGUGUGUGUGUGUGUGUGUGUGUGUGUGUGUGUGUGUGUGUGUGUGUGAACAAUCAAAUUAAAACAGAGUAAUAUCAGUAUGUUACAGCUAUCAUCAGUGUAAUGCAGUUAAUUGUGAUAUUUGAUGGUGUUUUUAAAAUAGAUUGUUAAUGUCAGAUGACGUAUGACGACUAGAAACUAUGAAAUGACUACUGAGGAUCUUACUAGUGUAAAUACUGCAGGUAAUUUUAAGUCUUAAUGUGUAUAUACUGUAUCUGGAUUGUUAUUUAUCUCUUAAACCUAAGCUGCACGUGGAUGAGAAUGUUACUCCGGCAUUGAAUAUGCAUAGGCUUUAUCAAACUACCAUCAAUUAAUGAUAAUAUGUUGCGUUAACACAGUGUGGUGGUCAUCCACUCAGUCAAAAACAAAGCCACUAACACCCAUUUUGGGUUGUAUCAAAUCUGUGCUCAGAGUAUUAUUUGUCUUGGCCAGCUGAUGUCUGCUAAUUGUUGCCAAGUAUAGCUGCCUUUAAUAUGCGUUGAUGUCAAAGUGGGUUCAUGCAGUGGGUAAUUUACUGUAAGUGUUAUCCAGACAAGCUUGCCUUUGUGUUUGAAUGUUUGUAUUAAGUGUGGUCUGGUUUAGAAGUGGAGGAGGCUACGGGGGAGUCCAAGGUACCAUUACUGACUUCUAGUUGUGUACUUCACAUAUUACAAGUGCUUAAACAUUAACCUGGUUUCAGUGAGCUCAGCCAGACCAUGCAACUUCUGUAAACCAAACCCAGAAAGAGUCUGCCUGUCUUCCAUUUUUCCUUUCCACAUUGUCAUUUGUCUCUUUAGACUCCAUCUAGUCCACUCCGCUUCCUCAAAGCGCAACUCGCAGGACAUUCCAGACAGAAAACCCAGUCAAGUGACUCACAGUUCGACUUUAAAUUCAAUUUUGGAGGUAAUUCUGUUAGGAUUCGGGUGCGGGUUGGCCACGUUGUGACUAAUAUGCUGCUGCCAGGUCAUGUUCAUGGACCCUGUGAGGUAAUGAUGUUAGGCCGUCUGUCUUGCGCCUGAUAGUUUUCACCAUGCUCUGAAAAGAUGGUGAUUGCACUUUUAUACCCCCCCUCCCCCGUCAGUAUUGUUUGUACCAUGUUUUUGAUGCACCUGUUGAAAAGAAUGAUUUCUGAUUAAGUGCUGUAAACAUAAGUAUAUUUAAGUGCCUGUCACUGAUGCCUUUGUUAAUGCCUUCUCUUGAAGCAGUCUAUAUGUAUGCUACUGGAGCCCUCUGAAACAGAAUGUUAUUAAUGUUGUAGCAAUAUUUGAAAGACUACUACAAGGAUAACCCUAGGCCCUGCAUGGGUGAGGUCCUGACAGAGGAACUCUUGUGACAUGUUGAGUGACAAUCGGACUCCAAAAUGUUGCAGAGCAAUCAGUGCCUUUCACAGCGCUGCUCUUCAUUUACAGGGUAGUCACGUUCCUGCUGCGUCUCCUCAGCUCCAGUGAGGAAGAUGUGGAGGUAGAUCAGAGGACCUGUUGUAAUGUGGAGUACAGUGUUUUGUUUUUGAUGUGAGGAACAGCUCUUGGCCUCUACAGUCAAAGGCUGUUUUUUUUUUUUUUUUAAUGAUCAUAUUUUAAUUUCAAUAUGAAACCUACUAAUUUCUUACUCUGGCCUGCUUGGUGUAUUAAUACUGUCAUUCCAGCAUGACAGAAUGUGUGCAAACAAUUUCAGUUCAGUGCCGUCAGUUUCGCUGUGUACAGACAAGUGUCAGCCCAUCUCAGAAUCACUGGGAACUCCCUGACUUCCCCACACAGGCCACACAGCCCGAGGUUAUCACUGUUCAGAUGUUAAAUCUAAAAUUGCCUUAAACUUUGCUUCUGGUUUCUCUUAACAAGUAGGAAUUCCUCUUGGAUUUGCUUGGCAAAGUUUCACGUCUAGAUGGUUGCUGUGAUUACUUUUGGUGAUGCUCUCCUGUAAGCGGUAUUUGGAAGGAAAAAAAAACAUGUAUGCAAGUAUUUAUAAAUGGAUGCUGUAUGCUAUUAAACUGAAGAUAAAACUUC